AUGACUCGCGGAGAUCCUGUUUGUCGGAGGGAGGAUUGUUCUCCCUUCGACAUUGGCCUAGUUUUCGACGAGAUCCACAACUACUCGCCGCAUCAGAAGCUGGAGUUCGUCGAAAACGUGUGGAAACCAGGUGAGCUUUUUGAUUUCCCCGUGUCAAUGGAAAAUGGAAAAUCUCGCAAGUUUGUCUCGGGCUGGCUGAAAAGAUUUCCAUGGCUAGCUUACUCCAAAUAUUUCGAUGGAGCAUUUUGUUUAGCUUGUGUUUGUUUUGGAGUUCAGUGUGGGCGAAACGCUAAUAAGUUAGACAAAUUAUUGAAGUCUCCUCUCACAAAUUGGACUUCGGCCGCUUCUCGCUUAACCAAACACUCGCUAGGAAAUUGUGAAAUUCACAAUUUUUCUAUGACUGCUAUGAAUGAUUUCAAGAGAAUGAUGCAAAGAGGAGCUGUCCCAAUUGACCAGCAGUUAAAUAACAUAGUUCAACAGCAAAUCGCGAGAAAUCGGGAGAUUCUAAAGUCCCUUUUCAAAACUAUUAUUUUCUGUGGGAAAAACAACAUCCCACUCAGGGGGCGGAGAGAUGAUGAUCCCACUAAUGCUGCCCUAACCGGUAAUUUCCAGGCAUUGCUAGAAUUCCGGGUAGACAGUGGUGACCAAACACUGCAGCAACACCUGGACACUGCACCCAGAAAUGCCACAUACAUUUCAAAGACCAUUCAGAAUGAAAUGAUAGCAACUGUUGGUGCUCACAUUUUGAAUGAUCUAUCACAGGAAAUAAGAAAUAGUAAGUAUUUUUCAGUUAUGGCAGAUGAAGCUGCUGACAUUUCAAAUAAGGAGAAUGUUUCUGUAGUAAUAAGAUUUCUGGAUACAACUAAAACCAUCCGAGAAGAAUUUAUUGAGUAUUACAUUUGUGAGGAGGGAUUAACAGGGGAGGCUAUCAAGGACAUUAUAACUGCAGCUGUAGCAAACUUAGGAUUGACAAUGGAAGACUGUCGUGGGCAGUGUUAUGAUGGUGCAGGCAAUAUGGCUGGAAGACUAAAUGGAGCCUCCUCAUUGAUCAGUGCAGAACACGAAAAGGCAAUCUAUGUCCACUGCAUGAACCACAGGCUUAAUUUGUGCAUAGCAGACACUUGCCAAUUGUCAGGAACAUGA